UCUAAAAUUAGGUACUACCCCCUAACUGCAUGGCCUCAACAGUUUGUAUUUUAUAAAGACUUGGAGCCUGCAUACAUAGAUCUUUCUAUAUCAUAGCAUAUCUGAAAUGGCUCAUAAAGUGACUAAAGUACUCACUAUAGAGGAAGCAAAAGUUAAAGUAGACAAACUUGUCACUGAAUUCCAGCAUGGAGAUAUCGGCCUAACUGUGAAUGAGGUGAUCAAGGCUGGCUCUCUGGGACAUGGCACUGCAGUUCCAGGAAAGUUUGACUUGGACUUAGUCAUCUACUCUUCAGUGAAUUUCUACUACUAUGGAAUUGAAGUGGAUCUGCUGGUUAGCCCAAACUGGCCAAAUCUAGAUGCACUCUGGACGUUUCUCCAAGAUGUUGACCGAGAACACCUUUUCGAUUUCUCAGUGAAUGCCUCGAAGUGGCAGGUGCAAUUUUUCAGUGAGGUUCCAAGUCAGGCUAAAGAGUUUAUCAAGCGUGCUAAGGCUUGGAGGAACAAAACAUGGUCACACAGUAAUGUGGGAAAACCAACAUCUUAUCUCAUCUCUCUUCUCGUAUUGAAGGCAUACGAAAAUGCACGAGGGCGUGGUGUCAGCACAUCAAGCACCUCAUUAAUUGCUAGAGAGACAAAAGUUGAGCUAAAGAAGAUUGUUAGGGAUCACACAACUGUUAAUAUGCACUGGAAGAGGUACUACACUUAUAGUGUAUCUACUCUCUAUCCACGACUAUAUAUACCAAGUGAAAGAGAACCAAGAAUUCUCGAUCCGGCAAACCCUACGAACAACGUGUAUAAAACUGGAAUAAAUGGGAACUGGACACAGCUGGUCACUAACAUUGACACUAUCGAUCUCACAAAAGCUGUGGAAUAUUAAAGUCUUAAAUGAGCAUGCAUGUAUAGGUGUAAUACUGAUCAUUAGCUAAUGGUUAGCAGUUCAUGCAUGUAGUACUAGAAACUGGCAACUGAAAACUUUACUAGGAAUUAAUACUAUAAUGUUUGUCAUGUUCAUGAUGGUUAACCUCAAAACAAUUAAUAUUCUGAAGGAA